CCCAUCGAAUCCCCUUCUCACAGCGCGCGAGCUGCUGGCGGGAAGGCACGAGAAAAAGAAGGAGAGGGGAGGGUAAGGCGGCAGGGAGCGCGUGUGCGCGCGUCUGCCUCUGCGUGCGCGUAGAUUGCACCACCGCAUCCCGUUCACCGUUUCUGCAGGGGGCCAUGCUCCGAUGGAGGGAAUAAAACCGACAACCGUCUCUUUACACUCUGAAUGAUCCGGCACCACGUCACUCCAGAUGUGACUGACAAGUCGUUCUAUGUAGCCUGCUUUCACUCCUGUGCUGUUUAACGCAGAGAGGCUGUGACAUCAUGGCUUUGGUUAUGGAACCUAUAAGUAAAUGGACACCAAAGCAAGUGCUGGACUGGAUGAAAGGUCUGGAUGACUGUCUCCAGCAGUAUGUGAAGAGUUUCGAGCGGGAGCAAAUGGGCGGAGAGCAGCUUCUGCACAUCACCCAUCAGGAGCUGGAGGAGUUGGGGGUUACGAGGAUAGGACACCAGGAGCUCAUCCUUGAAGCAGUUGAUCUCCUUUGUGCCCUGAACUACGGCCUAGAGACAGAAAAUCUCCGGACUCUGUCACACAAGCUGAAUGCUUCAGCCAAGAACCUUCAGAACUUCAUCCUGGGUAGGCGAAGGGGAGGACACUAUGAUGGAAGAGCUUCCCGGAGGCUACCCAAUGAUUUCCUCACUUCAGUGGUGGAUUUGAUUGGUGCGGCAAAAAACCUACUAGCCUGGCUCGACAGGUCUCCAUUUGCCAGUGUGACAGAAUAUUCGUUACUGAAGAACAAUAUUGUGCAGCUCUGCUUAGAAUUAACUACCAUCGUACAGCAGGACUGCACAGUGUAUGAGACAGAGAAUAAGAUUCUUCAUGUGUGCAAGACCCUAGCCGGGAUAUGUGACCACAUCAUCUCUCUGUCAUCAGACUCUCUGGUCUCUCAGUCAGCCCAUCUGGAAGUUGUUCACCUGACAAGCAUUAUGCCCAGUGAAGGCCUGGGGAUGUACAUCAAAUCAACAUAUGAUGGACUUCAUGUUAUUACUGGGACCACAGAGAAUUCUCCAGCAGAUCAGUGCAAAAAGAUUCAUGCGGGUGACGAAGUCAUCCAAGUCAACCAUCAAACAGUGGUGGGCUGGCAGUUGAAGAACCUCGUCAAUGCUUUAAGAGAAGAUCCAUGUGGAGUUAUCCUAACGCUGAAGAAAAGGCCACAGAAUACCCUGAGUUCCACUCCAGCUCUGCUGAGGAAUGUCCGCUGGAAACCACUGGGCUUGCAGCCGGUCCCCACCAGCCCUACCAGCACCUCGCCUACACCAGGUGGAACUUUAGGCAUGUCCAAAAUGGAUGCCCAGGAUGUCUACAUCCUUUCCCCUGUCUCUGGACUCUACAGCCCCAGGGAGGAGUUGGGUUUGAUUUCAUGUGAUGACAUCACCCGGUACAGUGUGACCUCCCAAUCUGGUUCGAAAGGGUCAGAGGCUGUCAGCUACUACUUGGACCAGGACAGUGGUCAGUACUUCUCUCUUUUGGAAGGAGACGGACCACCAGGCUCUGAAUAUGACAGAAGCCGUAGUACAGGUGUGCGCAGGCGGGACAAGACUCCCACACACGGUGACCUCAGACCUGUGUCCAUGCCUCCUGAAUAUAACUGGAUGGCCGAGGCCAAGGAACCCAGCAUGGGCAAGAGAGGGAGCCGAGAUUCAGACAACUCCCUACUACGUUACCUCAGCGAUGAUAAGAUCCUGGUCAUUGAGGAGGAGCCUGAAGGGCCGGGGAGAGAGAGCCGGAGGGACUCCACCAGACGCUCUCGCCGCAAGAGCCGCAAUCCAAGCAGUCCUAGCUUUCCCCUCAGUCCAUCCAUGCUGUCCUCUACAUUACGCUUAGACCAGCCUCCAGAUCCUUUACCUCGAGGAGCAGACACACUGCGAGACACAACCGACAGGUACUCUGGUUCUGGAAGCUCAGGAGCAGCCUCCAUGAAGAAAUCUUUCCAUUACACUUCAUUGAGAACGAAAACCAAAAAGAGAAGUAAAGGUUCUCUCACGAGUGCCAGUCGAAGGAGGAUUUCCUGUAAGGAUCUGGGCCACGGUGACUGUGAAGGCUGGCUGUGGAAGAAAAAGGACGCCAAAGGAUACUUUACACAGAAAUGGCGGAAGUAUUGGUUUAUCCUGAAAGAAUCUUGCCUCUAUUGGUACACGAAUCAGAAUGAUGAGAAGGCUGAGGGCUUCAUCAGCCUCCCUGAGUUCAGAAUAGACCGAGCCAUAGAGUGCAGACGGAAAUUUGCCUUCAAAGCUUGCCAUCCCAAAAUCAAGAGCUUCUUCUUUGCCACAGACUGUCUUGAGGAAAUGAAUAGGUGGAUGAACCGGCUUGGAUUGGCAGCUAUUGGCUACACACCGGAUGACAAAGUGCCACGUCCAGAUGAAGACUACUGGAGUGAGAGUGAUCAAGAUGAGGUUGAUGGCUCUAUGACACUCAAACAAGAGGGACCAUCCUCUCUCUGCGAUACUUACCACCGCACACCAUCAUCUAACCUCCUCCACACUUAUGACCAAUUGCCCCGCUCUGUCAGCUCCAUGAGCCUCAUGCGCUCCACCCCAUCUCCCCAUCCUCUACCAAUGAGUGCCUCCACCUCCCCCGUCCCUCCACAGAUGGUCUCUUCCACCUCCCCUCUUCCUCUGCAGGUCAAUUCUUCUAGCCCCUUCCCAGAGCCAAAGCAUGGGCGACAUUUUUCCAGCGAGUCAACCCACUCCCACUCAUCUGCAGAAGACCAGCGUGGAGAGGGAUUGGGCAUGGGCACGGGAACAGGCAGCACCAGUACCCACUCCUCAGGUUGCCGGUCUUCACAUCGUGAGCGUCGUUCCUGGCAGGACCUCAUUGAGACCCCUCUAACCAGCGCCGGGCUACAUUUCCUCCAGACAGCACCGGGAGAAAAUGAUUAUACUGGCCUAAUGGGAAGCAUGGCUGGGGAGAUGGGGCUGUAUGGAGGACUUGGCAGACAGGGCAUGUCGCCAGAGAGACGCCGGCAGGCUACACUGCCAGUACGAAGACAUCACGCCACAGAGAGAGACAGGGAUCGGGAUGGGCCUUUCCCUCUGGAGCGUGGUCCAUACACCCACAGCUACACGCAUCGACGUUCCCAUAAGCAGCGCAGUCAGAGUCUGCCUAGAAAUAGGGACCCAUUUGGAGGAAAGCUGAUACACUCAUCGCCUCACAUGGAGGAGAGAAGUGAAGAUGAGGAGGCAGAGAGGCAGGCCGCAGAUAUGCUUGAGGGUGAAGAGGACUUGCGGGAGUUGAGAUUUGAGGGCAGAGAGAGGAGGGUCUCAGAGGGAAGAGAGCGACGGGUGUCAGACGGACGUGAACCGGAGCCACCGGAUGGGUUCGAGCAACUCUACCGCGCCCUCGAACAAGCCAAUGUUACAGCGCUAGGUGACCCAAGACCCUGUAGCAGGCAGGAACUGCGACGAGGUUUCACUCAUAGAGUCAGGGACCCCCUUCUCAACGACAGACUGCACCGCGUCAGAGCACUACGCAGCACCUUAAAGGCCAAAGAGUCUGAGCUGGCAGUAAUCUGCACCCUUUUGGAGGACCCAGGCCUGUGCGCCCAGACCUUCAGAGAUUGGAAACAGUGGCACAGUGAGCUCUAUUCCGACAUCUGUCAACUCGGCCCCGGCACCAACGGCCAGGAUGAUCUCUCCCCACUGAGCGCUCCCAUCAUGACCCACACACACUCCUUUAUUGAGACCCAUGUGUGAGAUAGACGGCAGACUGGACUUUCUAUCUAUAUAUCGCUCUCACACACACACACACACACACACACACACACACACACACACACACACACACACACACACACGCGCGCUUUGUUACAUGUAAAUAUAGAGGGAAAAGUGAGAUGUAUGUGAGUGUACUUUUGUUAACUCUGAGGACCCCACAGGGUGUCUGUUGCAUGCCUGAACAGAAACCAUUCAUCUUUUGUCUGUGGAACUCAGCAUAAAGUUCACAUGCCUGUCAAGAAGGAAAUGGAUGAUAAUGGAUAUGUUUGGACAUGUAACUGUACAUGUCCUUUGUAUACUGUAUUUUGUUUUUGCUCUGAAUCUGGUUGAUUUUUGGGUGGAGGAGCAUCUAUGUAGCAGCAAUACAGAGGAAAUCUUUUCACCACAGCACUGUACUUUUGUACUAAUGAACUUGCACCCAGAGCCACCAAUUCUCCCCGUUCACUGUUUCUCUUUGAUUUCUUCCCUGCAUAUCGUGCUCUAUUAUUCUGAGAUGAUCUGACAGGGCAGUGUGGGAAAAGUAAGCUCAGUGACUUUAUUUAAAGACUGUGAAAACUUGCCAUUAAUGCUGUUUAAUGUCUCUUUACCAAUGAAAACCACCGCUACAGGCAAACAAGGACCAUUUUCUAUACACACAAUUUCAAACUGUGAAAAUGUUUAUCUGCGCAGGGAGUUUUGACUCCUCUGUUUGUGUGCAAAUCUACAGUUGAAUUUUUCUUUUCUCAGCACCACUCCAAUAUCUGUUGUCUGUCAUUCCAUUUUUAAUUUGUUUGUCUCUCCUCUCUUCUCAGAUUUUGUAUUUGUGUACACAUUACUACCGUGUAUACUAAUGUAAAUGUUUGCGUUCAACGACCACUGUGAUUUGCUUUUUUAGAGAGCGCACUGAGAGGAUGUAUUUGAAUGUGUGCAUUUUUUGAGGGGUGGGGCUGGGGGGUUUGUUAUACUGUGACAGCAAGAGUCAUUUUCAAAGGAGUCAUUCAUUGCAAAGAACGCACUUUCCAUGUAUUUUAAUCUCAUUAGCAACAUCACAGGGUCUGUCUCAUUGGCCUCUACCAUUGCUGUUGAAAAUAUCAGGUAAAGGUAUCUAAUUUUCUGAAGAUUUAUGUACAGCCGACUAAUAUAUUUAAACAUAGACAAAUAUAUAACUAUCUUUACGUUUUGUGUCAUAAAUAUAAUGUAAAGUAUGAUGUAUUCUAUGCCAAGGUUUUGCAUUGUACCCCUCUUUACACUGUUGCUGUCGAUGCAAUUUAACUCAGAGCAAAGCCUGUCAUCAAUCAGAGUGACAGAGAGUUUUUUUAUUGGUAUAGAGAAACAUAAAAGUUGACCCAUAGACAUUC